AUGCAGACGGACGAGGGGACGGAGUGGCUGAUGGAGCUGUUGACGGACGUGCAGCUCCAGCAGUACUUCCUGCGGAUCCGCGACGACCUCAACGUCACGCGCCUCUCGCACUUCGACUACGUCAAGAACGAGGACCUAGAAAAAAUCGGCAUGGGUCGGCCAGGCCAGAGACGACUCUGGGAGGCUGUGAAAAGGAGAAGGGCCAUGUGUAAGCGCAAAUCCUGGGUGAGCAAGGUGUUGACUGGGAAGAGGCCAGACUCCGAGCCCCAGGCCACCGCCGUGUUCCAGGACACGUCUCCCACCCCAACCCAGGCCGAGGGCCAGCCCACCGCCCUCACCUGCCUCAUCAGCGACAGGGACCUGACACUGUUUGAGAAACUGGGAGACGGUUCCUUCGGCGUGGUGAAACGCGGAGAGUGGCAGGCUCCGUCAGGCAGGGUGCUGAACGUGGCAGUAAAAUGCCUAAAGACAGAUGUGCUGGAACAAGCGGAGGGUCUGGAUGAUUUUAUUCGGGAAGUGAAUGCAAUGCAUUCCCUCAACCACCAGAAUCUGAUCCGCCUGUAUGGAGUUGUCCUCACACACCCUAUGAAGAUGGUGACGGAGCUGGCUCCACUGGGCUCUCUGUUGGACAGGCUGAGGAAGAGACAGGGUCACAUCCUGAUCUCGGUUCUGUGUCGCUACGCUGUGCAGAUCGCUUGCGGGAUGGCUUACCUGGAGUCCUGCCGCUUUAUCCACAGGGACCUCGCGGCACGCAACAUCCUGCUGGCGUCCAAUGACCUCAUCAAGAUAGGAGACUUUGGCCUCAUGAGGGCCCUGCCCAAAAACGACGACCACUACGUCAUGCAGGAGCACCAUAAAGUCCCUUUUGCCUGGUGUGCUCCAGAAAGUCUGAAGACACGGACCUUCUCCCAUGCCAGCGAUACCUGGAUGUUUGGAGUGACACUGUGGGAGAUGUUCACACACGGACAGGAACCAUGGCUGGGCCUUAAUGGGAGCCAGAUCCUUCAUAAGAUCGACAAGGAGGCAGAGCGACUUGCUAAGCCAGAGGACUGUCCUCAGGACAUUUAUAACGUCAUGCUACAGUGCUGGUCGCCCAAACCCGAUGACCGACCCACUUUUGUGGCUCUAAGGGACUUCCUUGUAGAGACCAUGCCCACAGACAUGAGGGCUCUGCAAGACUUUAACGAACCAGACAAGCUACAGAUUCAUGCAAACGACAUCAUCACUAUAAUCGAGGGCAGGGCGGAGAACUACUGGUGGAGAGGUCAGAACAGGCAGACGCUGAAAGUCGGCCAGUUUCCCAGGAACGUGGUGACGGCCGUGGCCGGUUUGUCCGCUCAUGACAUCAGCCGUCCGCUGAAACACAGCUUCAUCCACACGGGUCACGGAGACACAGAUCCCCACCGCAGCUGGGGCGCCCCUGACAAGAUCGACGAUCUAUACCUUGGAAAUCCCAUGGAUCCCCCAGAUAUUCUUGGGAAUAGCUCAAACACUGCAAAGCCCACCAAGCUCCCUGGACGUGCUAAGAAGCCAUUCUAUGACUCUGUGAUUGAGGAUGACGAUCUGAUCGUGACAGGGAUGAGGAAGCUGUCACUGAAGACCCCUGUGUCUCUGGGAUUACGCCUGCGUCCCUGGGAGAACUCCAACUCCGACCACCUCAGCGAGGUCUCCCUGAUCGACUUUGGAGACGACAGUUUCAGCUCCACCUCUCCCUCACCCAUCACAGACACUCCUCUCACCAACACGGCCAAGCCUCCCCCGUCCGGCGCCUCCAUCCUCGACACAGCUCCGCCUCAGAGCCCCACUCGUAGCUUACCCAACCCCUUGCACCCCACCCCGGUGGUGGAUUGGGACUCGCGGCCAUUGCCCCCUCUCCCAGCCUACGACGAGGUGUCGCUGGAGUCCGAGCAACAGGAGGAUAUGGAGGUGAGCUCCAUAAACAACACAGCGGGCUCUAGUGUGAGCGAGCAAAGGAACUCACCCUCAGAGGCUGCAGCAGCAACCGCAGAGGGAAAGCCCCGAGUUGAAGAUAACCUGUUCCUACCCACCAGACCCACAGAGGAGAGCCACUCCUUCUCUCAGUCAGCGGAGAUCUUCCAGGAGCUGCAGAGGGAGGUGAUGGUGAAGCUGCGGGUACCGGCGACCGGCCGCUCUCUCCCGUCCUCCCCUAUCCCCACCCCCUCUGCUUUGGCCACUCAUCGCCAGAUCAUCCUGCCCUCUUCUUACGAGGAUAAACCUCAGAUCCCACCCAGAAUUCCCAUCCCACCCAUGCGACCCUCCAAGCGUCCCGGCGUAUACGGCAGCAGGCUGUCGGCGUCCUUGGGCGACGAGGACGAGCGGGUUCAGCCUCCGCAGAUCCCCCCCAGAGACCACGCCGUGUCCCAGCCCAGCUCGCGCGCCCCCAGCCCCAUGGCUCCGCACACGGGCUCCCCGCAGAAAAGACCCAGUCUGUGCUGUGUCGGCUCUCUGGGCUCCUUCCUCACUUCUUCGUCCUCUUCCUCAUCUUCCUAUAGCUCCUCCACCACCACCUCCUCUUCCAAACCGAUGCCCGCCACCCACAGUUUCGGACGUGACCCCCAGUAUAGCACCACUUCCGAGGCAGGGCAACCUCAGGCUAAGAGCCCCUGCAUCCUCCCAAUUGUAUCUGAUGGGAUGAAGGCCAGCAAUACUCACUACUACCUCCUGCCAGAGAGACCAUCAUACCUAGACAAAUAUGACAAGUUCCUGAAGGAUCCGGAGAGCUCUGAGGAAAGACCAGCUACCAACAUGGCCACUGUAAGGCCCAUGGUCCAUCACCAGAACAGCAAACCCAACUUUUCGUCCAACAAUAACAGAGGCUUGAGUGGCUCUUCCUCCCUGGGCUUGAUAAAUAGCUCGUCAACAACAGAGUCAGCAGCACGACCAAGUGCAUACAUCAGCAUAAAACAAGUGCAGGAGGCGGUGCACGGCGUAACGGUAGAGGAGUGUCAGACGGCCCUUCAGAGCCACAGCUGGAAUGUACCGGAAGCAGUGAACUAUCUGAAGGUGGAGCAGUUGUUCCGUCUGGGACUGAAGACACGACCUGAGUGUGUGGAGGUCCUGGAGAGGUGUGAGUGGAACCUGGAGCGAGCUAGUACUCAGUUACUGGACUCUUAUGGUCCGUGCAGACAGUGAUGAUGAGCCUCCUCUUGUCCUGACACAGAAACAGAGGUCAACUCUUCAUUUGUCCCUGCUGUUUAAUG